GUCAACUUCUGCUUGAAACCAGUGAAAUGUUUGGGCGGCCUAAUCAGAGGUUCAAAAUUUUUCAUUCAAAUUUCAAAUUGCAAACCCUUUCGUUUCUAUCUUCCCCUUUCUCUCUCUUCUCUCUCGAAACCCAAAAACUCCUCUCUCCUUCGUUCUUUAACUAUUCUUUCAUCUUCAAACCCUAAAACGCAAAAUUGGUCAGAUUUUUCUACAUGAAAUAACUUUUAGGGGGGCUACAAUCAAAUGAACAAGAGGCUGAGAGGUAUUGGUUUUGUCAUAAUCAAAAGAAGGAUGUAGGCGUAGUGAUGAACUGGGUUUUGAUAGGAGUUUCAAGGGCAAGUUUUUGAGUGUUAUUUUGCUUAUUGGCUUAAAAGAAAUUAUGGUAGAGAGAUAGAGAGGCGGGGAAAAGACACGACGGUGGCGUUUAGGGUUCCGCCGCAAACACAACGACUGUGGCGACUGUGAUUGACAUCGUGUCUGAUGCCUUUUCAGCAGAAUUCGGUUUUCAGGUUCAGACCCUUAAAAAGGGUGGUAGACCCACAUAAAAAUGUGAAGUUAUGAAAGAGGUUCCUAAUGCAUCAAUUCUCAGCAGCUAUAAUGUUCCCAACCUCUCCGACAAGGAAUGUAGUAAUCUGGGUGAUUCGGCGACCUUGUGUCUCUUGCCAAUAACUAGAUCCCGUUCUGAAACUGAGCAAGGAGUUGCACAAGCAAUUAUUCGAUCUGUUGUAGAUUUCAAACGGGAUCCUUGGCCUAUAGUAUCUGAAAGUGCAAAGGAUCAUAUUAAGAAGAUGCUCAAUCCUGACCCAAAGUUACGUCUUACAGCACAAGAAGUUCUUGAUCAUCCAUGGAUACAAAACGCCAAAGAAGGCUCCAAAUGUUUCUUUAGGGGAAGCAGUUAAAGCAAGACUCAAGCAACUCUCCGUAAUGAACAAGCUGAAGAAAAGAGCUUUAAGGGUACUUCAAAAAUUCAUUUUAUUCCGGUUUUGUUUAUUAUUAUUAUUAAAUUUUUCUACCCGCGAAGCUCGCGGGCUCUAA